CCGCGAUGCUGGCCGGCUGCGGGAGGAAGCUGCUGCUCUCGCUGGCGGGCUCGAUGCUGACCUGCUUCCUGGUGCUGAUGGUGGACCAGCCGCGCGGGCCGGGCCGGGGGCUCGGGCCGGGGGGCGGCGGCGGCGGCGGCCUCCUGCUGCAGCCCUUCCGGCGGCCCGGGGCGCAGGGCUUGCUGCGGCGCUUGCGGAGCGGGGCGCCCGCGGGGCAGGGCGCCGGCGAGGAGGUCCGCUCCUUCAGCGGCUACUUCGGCCAGCUCAGCCGGGGCAAGAGGGACGCCGGCGGGGGCGGCGGGGGCAGCGCCAGCCCCGCGGGAGGGCAGCCGCCGCCGCCGCCGCCCGCCCGGGAGGCGAUCUCGCCCCGGGACAUCUUCAUCGCCGUCAAGACCACCAAGAAGUUCCACAAGGCGCGGCUGGAGCUGCUGCUGGACACCUGGAUCUCCCGCCACAAGGAGAUGACCUAUAUCUUCACGGAUGGUGAGGACCAAGAACUCAAGCAGAGGAUUGGAAACAUCAUCAACACCAACUGUUCGGCUGCUCACAGCCGUCAAGCCUUAUCCUGCAAGAUGGCGGUGGAAUAUGACAAGUUCAUUGAAUCUGGGCGAAAGUGGUUUUGCCACGUGGACGAUGAUAAUUACGUGAAUGUACGGAUGCUGGUCAAACUGCUCUCGAGCUAUGCUCACACGCAGGAUAUCUACAUUGGAAAACCCAGCCUGGACAGGCCUAUUCAGGCCACCGAGAGAAUCAGCGAGAACAAGAUGCAUCCGGUCCACUUCUGGUUUGCCACCGGUGGUGCUGGUUUCUGCAUCAGUCGUGGUCUGGCACUGAAGAUGACCCCCUGGGCCAGCGGUGGGCACUUCAUGAGCACGGCAGAAAAGAUUCGACUCCCUGAUGAUUGCACCAUUGGGUACAUCAUAGAAUCUGUCUUGGGGGUGAAAUUGAUCCGAAGUAAUCUCUUCCACUCACAUCUCGAGAACCUCCAUCAAGUGCCCAAAUCCGAGAUCCACAAUCAGGUAACCUUGAGUUAUGGGAUGUUUGAAAACAAGAGGAAUUCCAUCCACAUGAAAGGGGCCUUCUCGGUGGAGGAGGAUCCUUCCAGGUUUCGCUCCAUUCAUUGCUUGCUCUACCCGGAUACGCCCUGGUGUCCUUUGAACGUCGUUUACUAAAAGGCUAGACGUCCCCUUAACUUCGUCCCGAGUUCCCCGGUAUCCGAAGAGCUCGUGGGACCCGUGUUGUCGUUAUUGUGUGUGUGUGUGUGUCUUUUGUUUGCUGCAAAGCAAUGAGUUCCUAAUUACUGUGGUUAAUUCACAGUGCGUGUGUGUUUCCACAGGCUGCUGUGUGGUCUGGUGUUCGCUGUCCACCCCGUGACUGUCUCUAAGCAGACAGGGUAUAAAUAUUUUAAGCCCCCUAAUGCUCCCUAAUUUUUUUUUCCAGCCCUCCCCUCCUUUUGUGCUGUGAAAGGAACUUCUCUGUCCACUACCCGGGCGUGUCUGGAUACAGCUCCUGCAGGAUUCUUGCAGAAAAGCAUUUCCUUUUCCCCAAACAUUUUAAGGGCUGCAUUCUUCCUUUCCACCCAAUUCUUACAAGCAGUGUUACCGAGAAAAAGCCAAAAAUGCUGAGGGGUGCAACCCAGCCGAAUCUUAAGCACUUUUAAAUCAUAAUAGCGUGGGAGAUGCUAAGCUGGUACUGAAUUGCGCCGAUUGUAACCGGUUGCGUCAGAGAAAUGGCUAACACAGUGUUUCUCAAAUGUGGCUCCUU